CAGGGCAGGUUAGUGCGCAUGCGUAUUCUGGAUAUUUCUUCACGUGUAGAUAUCCUUCAGCGUACCAUAUUCACGCUCACCAAGGAUUCGGGGUGCAGAUUCACGCCGGCUCUCAGACCUCACACACGUCCAGAAAUGGCUUUCAGAAAAUUCCUUCCUCUGUUUGACCGGGUGCUUGUGGAGCGCUUCACAGCAGAGACGGUAACAAAGGGGGGCAUCAUGCUGCCAGAGAAGUCUCAAGGCAAAGUGCUGCAGGCUACAGUGGUGGCAGUCGGACCUGGCUCUGUCACCCAGGAUUUCUACAACUGGCCAGAUGAAUCAUUUGAGGAGAUGGACAGCACCCUGGCUGUCCAACAGUAUAUUCAGCAGAACAUCCGAUCAGACUGCUCCAAUAUCGACAAAAUCCUGGAACCUCCUGAGGGUCAGGAUGAGGGCGUGUGGAAGUAUGAGCACCUCAGGCAGUUCUGCCUGGAGCUCAACGGGCUAGCUGUGAAACUGCAGAGUGAGUGCCAUCCAGACACCUGCACCCAGAUGACAGCCACGGAGCAGUGGAUCUUUUUAUGUGCUGCCCACAAGACACCCAAAGAAUGCCCUGCCAUCGAUUACACCAGGCACACGCUGGACGGAGCUGCCUGCCUUCUUAAUAGCAACAAAUACUUCCCCAGCAGGGUGAGCAUCAAGGAGUCAUCAGUGGCCAAGCUGGGCUCUGUUUGUCGUCGUAUCUAUAGGAUAUUCUCUCAUGCUUACUUCCAUCAUCGCCAGAUAUUUGACAAGUAUGAGAAUGAAACGUUCCUGUGUCACCGGUUCACACGCUUCGUGAUGAAGUACAACCUGAUGUCCAAGGACAACCUGAUCGUUCCCAUCCUGGAGGAGGAAGUGCAGAACACCUCUUCAGCUGGGGAGAGCGAAGCCUAAGAGACAGCUCCUGCUGCUGCCACCAUAAGGGAGACACAUGUAAACAUAUUUCUACAUUACAGAGGAGACGCAUUCAUUACACACACACACACACACACACACACACACACACACACACACAC